UUUAUUUUCAAAAAGUUUUGGAUUUGAGGCACUGUUUGGCACGUGAAUCAAACCUCCCAAGAAACGAAAAAAGUUUUUUUUUUUUCCUUCUUACAUUUCCCGGCCAAAGUGCCAAAGCGGAAAUAAUCCCAGCAAUUCGUAACGUCGUUUUUGUCUCCGCAAACACGCCUUUGCUUGUCUAGUUCAUCAUAGGCCCUAUAUAUACGCACGCCAUUGCAAGUAUCUUCAAAUGUUGUCCGCCUUGAAUUCGCAAGCAAACCGCAGAUUUUCUCUCCCCACCACCUCUCUUCGUCUCCGCUCCUAGGGUUUUUCACCUGAACCAGGUACUUUCCAAUCCCUUCAUUCCCUUUCCGCAAUAUUCGCCGGUCAUCUUUCCCGUUACUGUUUGUAGCAAUCGCUUCGGAUGAUGCUCUUUUGAUGCUGUAAGCAUUAGAUUUGUGUCCUUUUCUUGUUUUAUUUGAGUUUGACGAGUUUGAAGCUCGAAAUGGAUCAAAUGCGGGUUCGCUUCUUGUCAAUUUUGCAUUGAAUUGAAUUUCUGGGGCGUUGCCGCGUAGGUGUUUGUUUUAGUCAAAAUGAGCGUUAUUGGGUUUGAUAUCGGGAACGAGAAUUGCGUGGUUGCCGUUGUGAAGCAGCGAGGGAUUGAUGUUUUGUUGAACGAUGAGUCGAAGCGUGAGACGCCGGCGGUGGUGUCGUUUGGGGAGAAGCAAAGGUUCUUGGGCUCGGCUGGGGCUUCAUCAGCGAUGAUGAAUACAAAAUCUACAAUUUCUCAGGUGAAGAGAUUGAUCGGGAGGGAAUUUAAGGACCCUGACGUUCAGGCUGAUCUUAGGAAGUUCCCUUUUGAGACCUCUGAAGGCCACGAUGGUGGGGUUUUGGUUAAUUUACAGUAUUUGGGCGAAAGACAUAGUUUUUCCCCAGUUCAGAUUUUGGCGAUGUUGUUUUCGCAUUUGAAACAAAUUACCGAGAAGAACCUUGGAACGACCAUUUCGGAUUGUGUGAUUGGGAUUCCAUCAUACUUUACGGACUUGCAAAGACGUCAGUAUUUGAAUGCUGCGACAAUUGCCGGGCUGAGGCCCUUGAGAUUGAUGCAUGACUGUACUGCCACUGCUCUUGGUUAUGGCAUCUAUAAAACUGAUUUACCUAAUUCGGGUCCAAUGGGUGUUGUGUUUGUUGACAUUGGACAUUGUGAUACACAGGUGUCAGUUGCAUCCUUUGAGGCUGGACAGAUGAAAAUACUUUCUCAUGCAUUUGACAGGAACUUGGGUGGGAGGGAUUUUGAUGAAGUUUUGUUUAAUUAUUUUGCAGCACAAUUUAAGGAGCAGUAUAAUAUUGAUGUUCACUCUAAUGUCAGGGCCUGUAUUAGGCUGAGAGCAUCAUGUGAGAAGCUAAAAAAGGUUUUGAGUGCAAAUGCAGAAGCGCCACUUAAUAUUGAAUGCUUGAUGGACGAGAAAGAUGUUAGAGGUUUUAUUAAGAGGGAAGAAUUUGAGAAGUUGUCUUCGGGUUUGUUGGAGAGGAUAGGCAUACCUUGUCAUAAAGCUUUGGCUGACUCUGGUUUAACUGUGGAGAAGAUCCAUUCUGUUGAGCUUGUUGGAUCAGGGUCUCGGAUUCCAGCUAUUACUAGGGUCUUAGCUUCUUUGUUCAGGAGAGAACCACGCCGGACAGUGAAUGCAAGUGAGUGUGUGGCCCGUGGUUGUGGUCUUCAGUGUGCAAUGCUUAGCCCCAUAUUCCGUGUUAGAGAUUAUGAGGUUCAAGAUUCACUUCCUUUCUCUAUAGGAUUCACUUCAGAUGGACACCCAAUUUGCACACUUUCAAAUGCCGUGCUUUUUCCAAAAGGCCAACCUUUUCCAAGUGUUAAGAUGCUUACAUUGCAUAGAAAUAGUAUCUUCCAUAUGGAAGCUAUCUACACUGAUCAGAAGGAAUUGCCUUCUGGUGUAUCACCUAAAAUCAGUAGUUUUACGAUUGGACCCUUUCAAGUUUCUCAUACAGGAAAUGCAAAAGUUAAGGUUAGAGUUCAGCUAAACAUCCAUGGGAUUGUUACUGUAGAGGCGGCAUCUCUGAUUGAAGAUCAUGUGGAUGAUUCUAUUGCCAGUUCUGAAAAGGUGGAGGCCAAAUCUGACCAAGGGCCUCGUGAUGUAGUAAAUGGUUUUGAGGAUGUUUCAAGUAUGCAGUCAAAACCUUCAAUGACCCAUGCUGCUAAUGAAAGGAGAAGGGGCAAAGAUUUGAAAAGACUGGAUAUUCCAAUUAGUGAGAUUGUGUAUGGUGGGAUGACCAAGGCUGAGAUAUCAGAAGCUCGUGAGAAAGAAUUACAGUUGGCCCAGCAGGACAUAAGGAUGGAGCAGACCAAAGAAAAGAAAAAUGCUCUAGAGUCUUAUGUUUAUGAGAUGCGCAACAAGCUUCUAAAUACAUAUCGGAGCUUUGCUUCCGAGUCAGAGAGAGAAGGGAUUUCAAGAAAUCUACAAGAGACAGAGGAUUGGCUUUAUGAGGAUGGGGAUGAUGAAUCUGAGAAUGUGUAUUCUGAAAAACUAGUGGAUCUUAAAAAGUUAGUGGAUCCCAUCGAAAAUCGCUAUAAAGAUGAAGAGGUUCGAGCACAUGCAACAAGAGCUCUGUUAAAUUGCAUUGUGGAUUACCGGAUGGCUGUAGGAUCUCUUUCUGCCAAUGAGAGAGAAGCUAUCAAUUAUGAAUGCAAUAAAGCAGAGCAAUGGCUGCGAGAGAAAACUCAACAGCAGGAUUCAUUGCCGAAGAGUGCUGAUCCGAUACUGUGGUCAAGAGAAAUCAAGAAUAAAACCGAGGCUCUUGAUGCGACAUGCAAACAUAUAAUGAGAUCUAAGGCCUCUCCUGUGAGAUCAGAGGACAGCAAGGCCUCAGACUAGAAAAGUAAGCCCGAUCAUAUGCAGUUAAGACUGAUGCUGAUUUGCAUGAGGUCAAAUUUCCUUUUCAAUUGCCUUUGUUCAUUAAAAACUGUAAGAUACUGCCCAUCUUGGGCAUAUAAAAUACCAGUUCUCACACCAGGUAAAUAGUAAAUUUAGUUUAUUAGUCAUUCCUUAUCACGGUCUCUGCAUUAUUUGUGUAACAGUGUAUGUAAUUUUCGUUCCGACUAAGAUUUUGGUUGGGGGCUUCUUUUUCCCACCAUGUCUUUUAUUAGGUUCCUAUUUUUGGCUCUGCUCUCAUUGUUUAAUUUUAUAGACUGCAAGGACGAAAGCACACCUUGUUGUGAUGUAUCGGAUUUGAAUUUGUAACCUUUUUGUGCUGAGGAAAUGAAAAUGUACACCUUUUGUGAUUUUGAGUAA